AUGGGUCUUUUUGCCUCGCUGUGCUGCCUGGGGUCGGCCCGUGAUGUUGAGCCCGACCGGCCAGACAACACCCAUCACACAGAGAAAGGAUCGGCCACGGGAGCCUCUCGGGAUUUUCUCCAAGGCCCAUCGACUAUCCCUCCGUUCCUCCAACAGCUGUCAGAGUAUUCCGAUACGCCAAUCAAGUCGGUGCUGCAGCCUUAUCUGGACGACGAGACGCAGCUUCGACAGUCGUUUGCUCGUGGUGACCCUGACGCAGCCAGACUCUCUCACCUCAUCCCCCUCUACCCGCACCAGCAGAGCCUGCUCACGUCUAGAAUCAAAGAACGGGAUGGCUGCGGACCUGACAAGUACCUUAUGCGUCUCUCAGCGGAGAAAGUCGGUCGGCCCGGCGCUCCCGCCAUUGUGACGUCUCUAGACCAGUACCAGACAAACUUCGAGGCCUUCUCCCAUGACUGGUCCAAUGUAAUCGCAGCCGGCUCAUCCGCACUCCUCCCUCUUCUCCCAAGACGAGAUGACAUAGACAUAGCAUUCAACCCGGCUGUUGAGAAUCCUUUGGAGACAUAUUUCCAGGAAAUAGCGAGCGCCAGUGACAUUGAUCUGUUUCUCUACGGUUUGGAUGAAGAUCAGGCGACCAGAAAAAUCAUCCAGAUUGAUUCAACCAUCAGGAAAAAUCAACGUCUCCCGGCAGAUGGUGGCUUGACUUUGCGGACAAACAAUGCCAUAACCUUCAUUUCGCCGCGGUGGCCGUAUAGGCACGUUCAGAUCAUACUCCGUCUGUACAAGUCCCCCAGCGAAGUACUGGCGGGAUUUGAUGUCGACUGUGCCUGUGUUGCCUACGACGGUGGCCAAGUAUACACAACACCAAGAGGGGCUGCCUCGAUCAUGACACGAACCAAUACUAUUGAUCUAACACGCCGGAGUCCUUCAUAUGAGUAUCGUCUAUACAAAUAUCGUAGUCACAACUUUGACGUGUACUGGGACUUUCUGGAGAGGUCGCGAAUUGACAAGUUUAUAUUUCAAGGAGAUCAGAACCCGUCUGAGCUACACGGACUGGCGCGACUCCUCUUCUUUGAAGAAUCUAUCCGCAACUAUGGAGACGACCAAAACUACCAGAAGCGACGAAGGUUAAAGAAGAUCCAGGACGUCGAGGAUUCCGCUCCGAGUGGAUAUGCGGACCACGAGAUACCUUAUGGCGAGAGGUUCACUGCACCGAGCGUCCGAAGAUACGUGGCACUCCACUCCAAAGAGGCCUAUCGGUUUGGGACGAUUCAUGAGGUAAUGGAGGAAGGGUCAAUCGCGAGUCAAAACGACAUAGAAGGGAAACUUCAAUUCAUCACAGAUGAUCCUGGGCGUCAAAUGAUUGGCAGCUUUCACCCCUUGACAGACGACGAUUGGACGGACAUGGCAUACGAUAUCGGGGCAGAGUCGGCGGGUCAAGAAUCUAUCAGUGUAUAA